ACCCAACCACUCGACACUAGUAGUAUUUUAUACUUACCACUUCACUGUCUCUCUCUCUCUCUCUCUCUCCACAUUGUUUGUUUUUGCUUCAGAGAGAUAAAGAAAGAGUUAUCUAUACCUACUCAUCACACACUAUCUUUGUCACACCAAGAAACACAUCACUCAUAAGAGUUUGUUUCAUAAACAACUCCUCUUUAAUCUCUCUUCCUCUCUCUCUCACACACAUUUUGCUCCUUGUGUAAUCUCUCUCUCUCUCUCUCUCUCUGUACUCCUUAAUUGCUUAUACGAUUCCGUGUUUAUUUGCACUAAUUUGCAGAUUAAGUACACUUCUCUUUCUGGGUUGUUAUCUGUCUGUUUCUUCAUAAGUGUCAAUUUUCUUGAGAAUGUAAUUGUCAAACAUUUAUGUUUUCUUGUAUCUCUAUGCCCAUUUCUUGUUUGAUCUAAAUCUUUGCUCUAUAAAUAGUAUUAUGGGUCCUCGUUAAUCUUCACUCUGAAUUGUUGUUCACCUCAUUUUUCUAGGCCUUUUAAGGGGUUUUUAAGUUUCUUGAGUUUUGGUGAAUGCCCAUUUGUCUAAACUUGUUGUAGAGCUGUAGUAUUGAUUUUUUAGAAAUGGGGUUUCGCUAAUUUGUGGUUCUUGCUUGUUUCUUGAACUCGAAACUUUGUAGAGUUUUAGAUAUUGGACAAUUUAGGAUAUAAAGAUUCAGGUCAUGUAACUGAUUCUCAGACUUGUUCCAUUAGUUUGCCUUUUGUGUAUGUGUAAAAAAAAGAAUUGAGAGGUGAGUGAUGGAUCUUGGGUGUUUUGAGCUUAUCCGUUAGUAGAUAUCGUAGUCGAUGGAGAGUAUGUUGAUCGUUCGUUAGACUUAGUUUCUUGAUCAUUUGAUGAAUACAAUUCGUUAGUAUCAGAUUGUUUCACUUUGAUAUGGAAUACAAGUAGGAAGAUUCCAAUCUUUAUUUGAUUCACUUCAUCAUAAAAAAAUUCUUUUGUCAUUCUUUAUAACAUGUAACUAAUCCAUCUCUUAUGAUUUUUUUCUGCAAUUUACACAUUCUUAUUAAUGGACCUUGCCAAGGUCCAUUUCUACGUUCAAAAUAAUGAUCAAGCCAUCCCAGUUUUUGUGCCCAUACUUCUACCUAUGAACAUAUAGUUAUCGUUAUAUCCACCUCUCGAGACCCUAGAGUCAAAGUUUCAGCUCGUUGUGAGUCAUUUGUAGCAAAAAUAGUAUCUGUAGUACUGCUGUCAAUUCUAAAGGAGAAGGAAACAAAAGAAGAAAACUAUCACUCUUCACUUGCUCAAGUUCUAAUAAAAAUGGAAGAAACAUUUGUUCCAUUCCGUGGAAUCAAGAAUGAUAUCCGAAAUAGGCUGUUAUGCUACAAGCAAGACUGGACUGGCGGUAUUCGUGCGGGUAUCAGGAUCCUUGCACCAACAACAUACAUAUUUUUUGCUUCAGCAAUCCCAGUUAUAUCUUUUGGGGAGCAGCUAGAGAGAGAUACUGAUGGAACUCUGACUGCAGUACAAACUCUUGCAUCAACAUCACUCUGCGGCAUAAUUCAUUCAAUUCUUGGAGGUCAACCACUUCUUAUACUUGGUGUAGCUGAGCCAACAGUCUUGAUGUACACAUUUAUGUUCAAGUUUGCGAAGGAUAGAAAGGAUUUGGGUCAGGAGCUUUUCUUAGCCUGGACAGCAUGGGUCUGUGUUUGGACUGCCAUUUUGCUUUUCAUUCUAGCCAUUUUGGGUGCGUGCUCCAUAAUCAAUAGAUUUACACGUCUAGCUGGUGAAUUAUUUGGUCUCCUUAUUGCAAUGCUCUUUAUGCAGGAGGCUAUCCGAGGAGUGGUGGAUGAAUUUCGCAUACCCAGGAGAGAAAAUCCUAAUCAGGCUGCUUUUCUCCCAUCUUGGCGCUUCGGCAAUGGAAUGUUUGCGUUGGUUCUGUCAUUUGGUCUUCUCCUGACGGCAUUAAGGAGCCGUAAAGCUAGAUCCUGGCGCUAUGGAGCAGGUUGGCUACGUGGUUUUAUUGCUGAUUACGGUGUGCCGCUCAUGGUGCUGGUGUGGACUGCCGUCUCUUACAUACCAGCUAAGGAUGUCCCAAAAGGUAUACCAAGGAGGCUUGUCAGUCCAAAUCCAUGGUCUCCUCAUGCAUACUCAAAUUGGACAGUUAUCAAGGACAUGUUGAAUGUGCCUCCUAUGUAUAUUAUUGGAGCAUUUAUUCCCGCAACCAUGAUUGCUGUGCUUUACUACUUCGAUCAUAGUGUUGCAUCUCAACUUGCUCAGCAGAAGGAGUUUAAUCUGAAAAAGCCUUCUUCAUAUCAUUAUGACCUCCUCCUUUUAGGUUUCCUGGUCAUAUUAUGCGGGCUUAUUGGCAUUCCUCCCUCCAAUGGAGUCAUACCACAAUCUCCAAUGCAUACAAAAAGCCUAGCCACUUUAAAACAGCAGCUUCUUCGCAACAAGCUAGUAUCUGCAGCUCGAAAGAGCAUUAGUAAGAACUCCAACCUGAGUCAGCUGUAUCGGAAUAUGCAAGAAGCUUAUCAAGAAAUGCAAACUCCACUUGUCUACCAAACUCCAUCUGGUUUGGGGCUUAAAGAGUUAAAAGAUUCCACACUCCAACUUGCCUCGAGCAGCGGCUACAUUGAUGCACCAGUUGAUGAGACAGUCUUUGACGUGGAUAAGGACAUUGAUGAUCUUUUACCUGUUGAAGUCAAAGAACAACGCCUGAGCAAUCUGCUUCAAGCAUUUUUGGUUGUUGGUUGUUUAGCGGCUAUGCCUCUUCUGAAGAUGAUUCCUACUUCGGUACUUUGGGGUUACUUUGCAUUUAUGGCUAUUGAAAGCUUACCUGGAAAUCAGUUUUGGGAGAGGAUACUUUUGCUUUUCACUGCUCCAAGUAAAAGAUACAAAGUGUUGGAAGAGUAUCAUGCAACAUUUGUUGAGACUGUACCUUUCAAAUCGAUUGUGGCCUUCACUUUGUUUCAGACAGUUUACCUGCUCCUGUGCUUCGGCAUAACUUGGAUACCUAUAGCUGGUGUUCUAUUUCCCCUCUUGAUCAUGCUUCUUGUCCCGGUGAGGCAGUAUAUGCUGCCCAAAUUUUUCAAAGGAGCUCAUCUUCAAGAUUUGGAUGCCGCAGAAUAUGAAGAAUCUCCUGCAAUUGCUUUUAACAUGUCUUUUGGAGGUCAAGACACUGAAACAAGGAAUGCUCAGAUCAGUAGUGGGGAAAUACUGGAUGGAAUUGUGACAAGAAGCCGUGGUGAGGUUCGUCUGCCCAAGAGUCCAAAAGUAACAAGUUCAACCCCAGCUUCACAAGAGGGUAUGAAACCUGCAUAUAGCCCACGAGCAUCACCUGAGGCAUAUAGCCCCCACAUGAAGGAGUUAAUGAGUACAAGACCGAAAGUCAAAGGAAUCGAAAUAAGGCAAACUCCUAGUCCCGGGCCAUCCAUUCUUGGUCAAAGCAGUCAUAGUUCACCUUCAGGCUAAACCCCACGCUUUAUUCAGUAAGAGUUUAGUGGUUCUCGAGAGGUCCUGUGUUAUGUAAGUACCUAUAUUGUUGAUGACAUGGUUUUCGUUUGGUGGUCUUUAACCUAUCUCCACAAUGUAUAUUGUUUGCCAUUUGCAAUAUUUCAUGUAACCCAUUACUAGGGCUUGAGAACAACUUUACUAUAAAUAUUACAUCUAACAAUUUUUGCAGCAA